CUAAAAACUUACCUUUCAAAGGAAUUUGCUUGAAGAGUUCAAAGUUUUAUUUGUUGAAAGUUAGCAUGAGUGAUGUUAUUUUUCACCUUUUAUUUUACAUUUAUAAUUGCAGUCGACCAAAUAUAUUUACUAUAUUGCGUUAUUCCCCUCGUGCCUUGAAUAACCACAUAGAUAAAUUUGGAAAAUGAAUUUUUAAUUCUUGUGUUUCUGCUCAAUUCUUUUUUACUUUGUUCCGCUGGUGUCUCCGUACUCCGACCGAAUACACAGACACUAGUGUUUUCUUUUUCAGGUUAUUAUAGUUUGUGGCGUGAGGGUGGCUUUAAGCAGCCUUUACUACAAAUUGCAAUGGAGCGCAAGAUUAUUGAGUUGGACCAAGGUUGGGCGUACAUGCUGAAGGGGAUCACAAAACUGAAGAGGAUUCUUGAAGGGUUGACGGAGGAUCCAUUCAGCUCCGAGGACUACAUUUUCCUCUACACAACUAUCUACAACAUGUGUACCCAGAAGCCCCCUCACGAUUACUCUCAACAGCUUUAUGACAUGUACCGUGAGGUGUUUGAUGAAUAUAUUGCUUCCAUGGUCUUACCCUCUCUAAAGGAAAAGCAUGAUGAAUUUAUGCUGAGUGAGCUUGUGCAAAGAUGGUUAAACCACAAGGUUAUGGUGAGGUGGCAGUCGCGCUUCUUCCAUUAUCUUGAUCGAUAUUUCGUUGCAAGGAGGUCACUUCCCGCUCUUUAUGAAGUUGGACUAACCUGCUUCCGUGACCUGGUUUACCAAGAGGUAAAAGCUAAUGCCAGAGAUGCUGUAAUUUCUCUGAUUGAUAAAGAACGUGAAGGAGAGCAGAUUGACAGAGCAUUGCUGAAGAAUGUUAUAGAUAUAUUUGUUGCAAUAGGAAUGGGACAAAUGGAGCUUUAUGAACAAGAUUUUGAAGUGCAUAUGCUUCAAGACUCUGGUGCUUACUAUUCUCGUAAAGCAUCAAGUUGGAUUUCCGAUGAUUCUUGUCCGGAUUAUAUGUUGAAGGCUGAGGAGUGCUUGAAAAGGGAGAGAGACAGAGUUUCUCAUUAUUUGCAUAUAAGCAGUGAGCAGAAGUUGGUGGAGAAAGUGCAACAUGAGCUGUUGGUGGUGUAUGAAAUGCAACUGCUUGAAAAGGAGUAUUCUGGAUGUCGUGCUUUGCUGAGAGAUGAUAAGGUGGAGGAUCUUUCUAGAAUGUAUAGACUUUACCAUAAAAUACCUAAGGGCCUGGAUCCCGUUUCUACUAUUUUUAAGCAGCAUGUUACUGCUGAAGGUAUGGCCCUGGUCCAACAGGCUGAGGAUGUUGCGAGUAGUCAGACUGCAAAUGGGGGGGUUGGCAUGCAGGAACUGGUUCUUGUGAGGAAAAUAAUUGAGCUGCAUGACAAGUAUGUGGCAUAUGUGAACGAUUGCUUUCUUAAUCACAGUCUGUUUCACAAGGCUCUAAAAGAGGCUUUUGAGGUAUUUUGCAACAAAGCUGUUUCUGGCAGUUCAAGUGCAGAACUGCUGGCUACAUUCUGUGAUAAUAUCCUCAAGAAGGGGGGGAGUGAGAAGUUGAGUGAUGAAGCCAUAGAAGAAACACUCGAGAAGGUAGUGAAGUUGCUUGCAUAUAUUAGCGACAAAGACCUCUUUGCAGAAUUUUACCGGAAAAAGCUUGCUCGUCGGCUCCUUUUUGAUCGGAGUGCUAAUGAAGACCAUGAAAAGAGUAUUCUAACUAAGCUGAAGCAGCAGUGUGGUGCGCAAUUCACAUCGAAGAUGGAAGGCAUGGUCACAGAUUUGACACUGGCACGGGAAAAUCAGAAUAGCUUUGAGGAAUAUCUUCAUAAUAACACGAAUGUAAAUCCUGGGCUUGAUUUGACAGUUACUGUUCUAACUACUGGGUUUUGGCCAAGUUAUAAAUCUUGUGAUCUUAGCCUCCCACAGGAAAUGGUAAGGUGUGUAGAAGUCUUCAAGGAAUUUUAUGAAACAAAAACAAAACACAGAAAACUUACAUGGAUUUACUCAUUGGGAAGUUGCAAUGUCAUUGGAAAGUUUGAUUCAAAAACCAUUGAACUGAUUGUGUCAACCUAUCAGGCUGCUGCCCUCUUGCUUUUUAAUAAUGCUGAUAGAUUGAGCUAUUCAGAAAUGAUGACCCAGUUGAACUUGACCCAUGAUGACUUAGUUAGAUUGCUCCAUUCUCUAUCAUGUGCAAAGUAUAAAAUCCUGAAUAAGGAACCCAACACAAAGACUAUCUUGCAAACGGACAACUUUGAAUUUAACUCCAAGUUCACAGACAGAAUGAGGAGGAUUAAGGUACCUCUACCGCCAGUGGAUGAAAGGAAGAGGGUAAUUGAAGAUGUUGACAAGGACAGGCGAUAUGCUAUUGAUGCUGCACUUGUCCGCAUUAUGAAAAGUCGUAAAGUUUUGGGCCACCAACAGUUGGUUAUGGAGUGUGUUGAGCAGUUGGGCCGAAUGUUUAAGCCUGAUAUCAAAGCAAUAAAGAAAAGAAUGGAAGAUUUAAUCACCCGCGACUAUCUUGAGAGAGACAAGGACAAUCAAAACAUCUUUAAGUACUUGGCAUGACUGCUACUACCGUCUGAGCUGCUGAUGUUUAAAGCACAGUAGUCGUCUUGGGGGCUUAGGCGUGAACUUGUAAUGUUCUGGAAAGGAGUAGGGUCAGCAAUAUAUAUAUUUUUUUUGAUGAAUAAAGGUCAGCAAUAUAUAUACACACAUCGCAAUUUCUGUAAGUACUUUUUCAUUACAACUUGCUUCAGUGGCUUUAGGAAGUUAAAUUCAGUACAGGAUUUGUGUACUACAACUUUAGGAGCAAAUGUAUUCUUUGGGAUUAACCCA